CUUGGUCCCCGCCCGUGUCUGGACUUUGCCAGGCUGCGGCGCCCGGCUCGCUUGAAAGGUGCAGGCCUCACACCCCUGCAGAAUGACUGUUGCCGGGGGUGACCCGACGGACGAGGCAGCUGCCCAGCCGGGCCACCCACAGGACUAUGACCCGGAGGCGGACCACGAGUGCUGCGAGCGUGUCGUCAUCAACGUGUCGGGCCUGCGCUUCGAGACGCAGCUCAAGACGCUCUCACAGUUCCCAGAGACCCUGCUGGGAGACCCCAAGAAGCGCAUGCGCUACUUCGACCCGCUGAGGAACGAGUACUUCUUCGACCGCAACCGGCCCAGCUUUGACGCCAUCCUGUACUACUACCAGUCUGGCGGGAGGCUCCGGCGGCCGGUCAACGUCACCCUGGACGUCUUCUCUGAAGAGAUCCGCUUUUACGAGCUCGGCGACGAGGCCAUCGAGAUUUUCCGAGAGGAUGAGGGCUUCAUAAAGGAAGAGGAGAGGCCUCUGCCCGACAAUGAGUUCCAGAGGCAGGUAUGGCUGCUGUUCGAGUAUCCCGAGAGCUCGGGGCCUGCCCGCAUCAUCGCCAUCAUCUCCGUCAUGGUCAUCCUCAUCUCCAUUGUCAGCUUCUGCCUGGAGACGCUGCCCAUCUUCCGCAGCGACGACGAGGACAUGCACAAGACCCACAACCCCUACUCCAACAGCACCACCAGCUACACCUCCACCUACUUCACUGACCCCUUCUUCAUCCUGGAGACGCUCUGCAUCAUCUGGUUCUCCUUCGAGUUCCUGGUGCGCUUUUUUGCCUGUCCCAGCAAGGCCAGUUUCUUCGUCAACAUCAUGAACAUGAUCGACGUGGUGGCCAUCAUCCCGUACUUCAUCACCCUGGGCACGGAGCUGGCGGAGAAGGCCGAGGGAGACGGGCAGCAGGGUCAGCAGGCCAUGUCCUUGGCCAUCCUGAGGGUCAUCCGCCUGGUGAGGGUCUUCCGUAUCUUCAAGCUGUCGCGGCACUCCAAGGGACUCCAGAUCCUGGGUCAGACCCUGAAGGCCAGCAUGAGGGAGCUGGGCCUGCUCAUCUUCUUCCUCUUCAUCGGAGUCAUCCUCUUCUCCAGCGCUGUUUACUUCGCCGAGGCCGACGAGCCCGAGUCGCAGUUCUACAGCAUCCCCGACGCCUUUUGGUGGGCCGUGGUCACCAUGACGACUGUCGGCUACGGCGACAUGACGCCGACCACCAUCGGCGGCAAGAUCGUGGGUUCGCUAUGCGCCAUCGCUGGCGUGCUCACCAUCGCCCUGCCCGUGCCCGUCAUCGUCUCCAAUUUCAACUACUUUUACCACCGCGAGACGGAGGGCGAGGAGCAGGCGCAGUACCUGCAGGUGAACGUGCCCAAGGCCGAGUCCAACGAGGAGCUGAAGAGGAGCCGCAGUGGCUCCACCAUCAGCAAGUCCGACUACAUGGAGAUCCAGGAAGGCGUCAACAACAGCAACGAAGACUUCCAGGACGAGAACAUCAUGAAGGCCAACUGCACACUUGCAAACACAAACUAUGUCAACAUCAAGAAAAUGCUCACGGAUGUAUAGGCUUCUGGAAAUUUCCCCGCCGGGUUGGGAGUAGGGGCAUGGGACACCAAAAAGGAAGUUAAGCAUCGGCCUUCCUGUUUCUCGAAGGCAAUGGAGGGCCGUACACUGUUGAGAAACAGGUGUAGUAGACACCUCUGUGUUUCAGUCGAGGGACAAUGUGUGCCCGGUCUCCCUAAAGUUCCCUAUAGUAAACCAUCUGUUUUCUUCUCACCACUCUCCCUGCUAGUACUUAGCGCCAGUCAAGUCCCUUAUCCAAAAACCCAAAUAUUUAGUGUCUGCAUGGAUUAGCUUUGUGUGUAUGGCUGCUCAUCUCACCAUGUCCCGCGUAAGAAACAUAGCCAAGCUGUAUUGCAAACGCCGAGGACAGACUGCUAGGGGCGUGAGGGACGUUUUAAUCUCAGACAAACUAAAGCGCAGUGAUCUUUCUCUCUCUCUCUUUCUCUCUCUCUCUCUCUCUCUCUCUCACACACACACUCACACACA